AUGAGUGGGAGGAUUCUCUCCCAUAGACUGGGUCCGCUUUUGCGGAACGGUCACUUCGCUCGCCAUAUUCAUAAUGCAGGCUCAAGGACCGGGGGCCUUCUACGCGCAAAUGGUGGCGCUGCUCUUAGAGGACGCGCAUGGCCGGUGGGCGCAAAUUCUAUCCACAAUGUCCCUGCAGUUCGAUCGAUCUCGUUUGCCCGAAUGCUUCCAAAGCUGGCAAUGAAGCUCAUCAAGGUUCCAGCUAUGUUUGGCGGAGCAACAGUCGCGGGUCUGGCGUAUUUCCAAUAUCAAGCAACUCAGGCCGGAAAUUAUGCGAUGGAUAUCUUCAAGCAAGCCUCGGACACGGCGGGGAACACAGCAUCAAGUUUAUUCCAGGGACUGCAGAACAUGGCGGAUCAGACACAACGUGGGUGGAAUAAAACGACCGAAGAUAUUGAAGUGCCUGAAUGGUUACAAAAGAUACUCCGUCUCGACGAGGAGUCCGAGUCUCGAAAGGGGAACUCGUCAGGCAAUGGGGGGAAGGAUCCAAAACAAAGUCGGGGAGUGGCUGCUGGUGCUGCUGCGACAACCACUGCAUUCGGCUACGAUCAGUUUGGAGAGGAAGAUUCACGGCCGGAGAAGGAUGUUGCAGCAGAUGAUCAAAUGAUGCUUCUCACACGCAAAAUGAUCGAAAUCCGAAACAUUCUCCAGACUAUCGGCCAGUCCGGCACGCUUACCCUUCCCUCGAUCGUUGUGAUUGGAUCCCAAUCCUCGGGCAAGAGUUCGGUUCUCGAGGCUAUCGUCGGCCAUGAGUUCUUGCCCAAGGGCUCCAAUAUGGUGACUCGGCGGCCCAUCGAGCUCACAUUGGUCAACACCCCCAAUGCCCAGUCAGAAUAUGGCGAAUUCCCAGCCUUGGGUCUCGGAAAGAUCACCGAUUUUGCUCAAGUCCAGCGCACACUCACAGAUUUGAACCUUGCUGUCUCUGAAAAGGACUGCGUCACAGACGAUCCCAUUCAGCUUACCAUAUAUUCUCCAAACGUUCCAGAUCUGUCCUUGAUUGACUUACCAGGAUACAUACAAGUUGCAGGUCGUGAUCAGCCACCUGAACUCAAGCAAAAGAUUGUUGAUCUUUGCGAUAAAUACAUUCAACCGCCAAAUGUUAUUUUGGCAAUCUCGGCCGCCGAUGUGGACCUAGCAAACUCGGCAGCCCUCCGGGCUAGUCGUCGGGUAGACCCCCGGGGCGAACGGACUAUCGGUGUGAUUACAAAGAUGGACCUUGUCAGUCCUGAACGUGGCCGCGAUGUCCUCUCUGAUAAGAAAUAUCCCCUUCGGCUAGGAUACGUGGGUGUUGUUAGCCGCAUUCCUCAGAGCACAGCUCUGUUCUCUAGAGGUAGCGGAAACAUCACAAGCGCCAUCCUCAAGAACGAACAUGCCUACUUUUCUGCGCAUCCAAGUGAAUUUGGGGCUCAAUCCGAAGUCUCAGUUGGUAUUUCGAAACUGCGUAAGACGCUGAUGCAUGUCCUUGAGCAAACUAUGGCAUCAAGCCUGUCCGGUACCAGGGACGCCAUCAGCCAAGAGCUUGAAGAGGCGACAUACGAGUUUAAAGUUCAAUAUAAUGACCGACCCUUAAGCGCGGAAUCCCACUUGGCUGAGAGCCUUGAUGGUUUCAAGCACUCAUUCAAGGCAUUUGCGGAAAGUUUCGGUCGACCCCAGGUUCGGGAGAUGCUCAAAUCAGAAUUGGACCAACGGGUCAUGGAUAUCCUGGCGCAGCGUUACUGGAACAAGCCAGUCGAUGACUUAGAUCCUCCAAUGCUGGAAUUAGAUCCCCUCAAGGAUCUCCCCAGAGCCGAUCCAGAGUCGCUGUAUUGGCAUCGGAAGCUUGAUGCCUCUACCUCGUCAUUAACUAAGCUUGGAAUCGGUCGAUUGGCUACAACUGUGGUUGCCAAUGCUCUCAACAACCAUGUGGAAUCGCUUUUAGCCUCCUCUACAUUCGCAUCACACCCUGGUGCUCACAAACAGAUUACUGAUGCGUGCACCAGUAUCUUGAACGACAGGUUCUUCAGCACCAGCGACCAAGUCGAGAAUUGUAUCAAGCCGUAUAAGUAUGAGAUCGAACUCGAAGACACUGAAUGGGCCAAAGGCAGAGACAAUGUGGGCAAAAAUCUAAAGGAAGAGCUAAGGGCGUGCGAAUCAGCCAUGAAGCACGUGGAAGACGCCAUUGGAAAGCGAAAACUCAAAGACGUGAUUGCGUUUAUCGAUAGAGUACGAAAGGGCGAUGUGGUAUUAGAGGGCAAUGGCGAGGGAGGCGCGGGUGGCUUCAGCGCUGCCUUAUUGGAGAAAGGACGAGAGGGCCUCUUCCUCCGGGAUAGAGCAGAUAUCCUCAGGAUGAGACUUCUUGCCGUCCGUUCCAAGCAAUGCGCGACGCAAAAGAACAAGUACCACUGCCCAGAGAUCUUCCUGGAUGUUGUGGCGGACAAGCUCACCUCCACGGCCGUGCUAUUCCUUAACGUCGAGCUUCUAUCUGAGUUCUACUAUAAUUUCCCCCGCGAGCUUGAUUCCAGACUUGGACGUCACCUCUCCGACGCCGAGGUCGAGCGCUUUGCCCGCGAGGAUCCCCGCAUCCGUCGUCACCUGGACAUCAUCCGCAAGAAGGAGCUGCUGGAGCUGGCUCUGCAAAAGAUCGAAAGCAUUCGACAGCUUGACGGCCGCGCCCGCAAACCAGAGCGUGCGCCUAUUGGAAAGGAAACGCGGAGCCGUUGGAACAUCUUUUAG